AUGGAAUCGAAUCAGGGAAUUUACAAGGAUAUGAGCUUUACAGGCGUCGGCGCAUACUUCGGUGCUCGGUCACUUCUUACUCAGGCCCAUGCUGAGUCCAAUGAGCCCAAGUAUGUGUUCAACAGCUGGGGCCCAAAGACCCUGCGCUUGAAGAGCACCAAGUCCGUCAAUCACAACACCAAGCGCCUGGUUUUUGAGUUGCCAGGCGAGAAUGCACAGAGUGGUCUGACAAUUGUUUCUUCUCUUUUGACUUUCUCCCGUCCUGCUGGUAGAUGGCUUCCUGUGGUCCGACCUUACACUCCGAUCAGUGUUUCAGCUCAAACUGGAAUCGUCGAGCUUAUGGUGAAGCAGUACCCCAAUGGGAAGGCCAGCACCCACCUUCAUUCCCUCAACCCAGGCGACUCCUUGACCUUCCUUUUCCCCAUCAAGGAAUAUGCAUGGGUUCCCAACCGAUUCUCGCAAGUCUAUCUCAUUGCUGGUGGCCUCGGCAUUACUCCCAUGUACCAGGUUCUGCAGGGCAUUCUCAACAACCCGGAUGAUGAAACCAAAGUCAACUUGAUCUUCGGCGUCAACUCAGAGGAAGACAUUCUGCUGAAGGAUGAAUUGGAGGGAUUCAAACAGCGAUUCCCCACUCGUUUCAACUACUGCUACGUGGUUAGUGACUUGAAGCAAGAUAAGCUGGGCCUGCGCAAGGGCCGCAUCGAUGAAGGGCUUCUCCGAGACAUUAUUUCACACCCCGACAAGAGCACCAAGGUCCUUCUCUGCGGUCCUCCACCAAUGACCAGCUCCUUGGUCGGAUCAAAGGUUGGAUUUAUGGGUUCUGGAAGUGGAGUCUUGAGUCGACUGGGAUUCACGAAGGACCAGAUCCACUCAUUCUAA